AUGGAAACCUCCAAGAGCGGCGUCAUGAGGCGCAAAGAUACCACGAAAGGCCCGCCACUUCGCAUACUGUCGCUAGACGGAGGCGGCGUGCGUGGUUACUCCAUAUUCAUCAUUAUUCAGGAGCUUAUGCACAGAGUUUAUGUCGAGACAGAAGGAAAGGCGCCAAAGCGAAACCAAAUACCGAAGCCAUGCGACCACUUCGACCUCAUUAUCGGAACUGGCACAGGAGGUCUCAUUGCGUUGAUGUUGGGAAGGCUGCGCCUGGACCUGGAGACCUGCAAAGAGGUAUAUGUGCGCAUGACGAGGAAGGUGUUUGAGACAGACAAGACGAUCGCCGGAAUACCGUACCGUUCCACCUUAUUCAAGGCGUCGAAAUUGGAAGAGGCGAUCAAGGAGUGUGUGAGAGAACAUACAAUAUUUGAGUACGAAGGAAAUGAUGGAAAAGAAGCAGAGGAUGCGAGAAAGAGUCCAUAUAACCCCGCCAACGCCCCUCAGCGACAUGUUAGCAAUGCGAGCGUUGCAAGUUUCAGCGCAAAAGGGCCCUCGAGUUACCCAAAUCGACCGAUGAUGGCGAUGCGCUGGGGGAACCCGAAUGCUCUACUUUAUGACAAUAGAGAGAAUAGAACCAAGACCGCUGUUACUGCUAUGUACAAAGGCUCCGCCAAGGGCAGUCCUGCUGCAGUACUCCGGUCUUACGAUUCACGGAAAGAACCUUCCCCAGAGUUUGAUUGUAAAAUUUGGGAAGCCGGCCGUGCAACCUCAGCAACGGGAUUGGCGUUCAAACCAAUCCAGAUUGGCCAAUCGGUGUUCAUUGAUGAGGGCGCAGGACAUUUCAAUCCCACACCGGUUGCACUGGAUGAAGCCUGUGUGAACGAGUGGCCUGGUCGAGACGUCGGCUUAGUUGUUAGCAUUGGAACCGGCAAGCGACCAUCCGGUAGCGAUCAAAAUUCACAUCUCUGGUAUGAAGGAUUUUUAGGAGAUUUUGCGGAAGCUCGUCGAAGGUUGAUUGCCAAAAUCGAAGGAUGCGAGGAAACACAUCAAUAUAUGGUUCGAGAAGGACUCGGCAAGCGGGGCGUGAAUGUCGAAAAUUACUAUCGCCUUAAUGUCGAGAUUGGUGUAGGAGAAUUUGGCAUGAAUGAGUGGAAUCGUCUCGCAGAUAUCAGCACGAAUACCAGGAGGUAUCUGUCCAAGAGCCAUGUCCAGCAAAUGACUGGAGCAGCUGCUGUAAAAAUGGCGAAAAUUCAUCGUGCAAAGGCAAGAUUCGAAAACGAAGGUGCUGCUUCCCUUACCGUUGGCGCAAGUGGAGCCGGUGCAGCUGGCGUAUAUAAAGAUUUACCUGACGUCCCCGAAGCAUAUCCUGGAGCAGUUGAAAUGCUGGCUGACAUUCCAAUCAUGCCACAACGAACCCCGCCAUUGCGGCCAUCUUACGAGUCCGGUAGAAAUGAUGCGUUAGAAGUUCCUAACGCAAAUACAUCAACUCCACCACGAGUUUCUCAAGAAAGUUAUGGGCGUUCUCAUGGAUCUCCAAAAUACCAUCAGUCUAGGCUAUCACAAGCCAGUAUCGUCAGCGAACCUGGCGACAAGUUCACCGUCUACAGCCCUACACCGGGAGAAUACCACAACUACUCCGGCAACGACAAGAUCGCCAUCAUGAGCGCCGACGAAGCGCCAAAACCCCCAAUUAUCUCUCAAUUGCAACAAUCAGGCAGAGUGGAACCGCCGCCUCUACCGCCCAAGACACCGAUCCCUGAUGCCAUUUCCUCAGCGAGCAGGAAUCGGGUGUCAUUACCAUAUCCUGCAGACGAUGGACCUCCGCCAGCGGUUAAUAUGGCGAAGAAACCUGCUUAUAGGGGAUGA